CACCACCUGUAGACGUUAGAAUUGAUGGCAGCGCUAUGGCAGAAAAAAUUGGCCUAUUUUUUGUUUUAAUUUUAAUUAAAUUAAUUAGUACUAAUGCCCAGGGUGAAGUAUUGGGCUGCGGCGGUUUCAUUAAGAGUCAUGCCGAUAUAGACUUUUCCAAGGUGGAAAUUAAACUAUUGACCAGACAGGGAUCACUUAAGGAUAAGACUGAUUGUUCCCCAUCAAACGGUUAUUAUUUCCUGCCCAUUUACGAUAAAGGUGAAUACUUGCUGAGCGUUUCGCCGCCGCCGGGCUGGAGUUUUGAGCCGGAACAUGUGGAGUUAAAUUUCGAUGGCAAGAAUGACGUAUGCAGUCAGGGCAAAGAUGUAAAUUUUGUAUUUAAGGGUUUUGGCAUAACGGGCAAAGUGGCCCUAGCAAUUGGCAGUGGAGCACGUGAUGUCGAUGUGGAGCUGCAAUCAGAGCAAACAAAUGAAGUACGGCGCACGAAAACGGAUAUCAAUGGAAUAUUCUCAUUUACCCCCAUAAUACCGGGCAAAUAUGUGGUCAAAGCAACACAUCCCAAAUGGCAUUUCUCCAAGUCUGAACAUAAAGUGGUUGUGGUCAGUGGAAAUACAGAAUUGCCCGAGAAUUCUCUUGUUGUCCAUGGUUUCGAUAUUAAUGGCCGAUUUGACAAUAAUCAGUUGCCUGGCAACAUCGGUGUGGCCUUGUAUAAACAGAAGGGACAAUCCUUGGAUGCCAAGUGCGAAAAGUCAUCAUCAGUAAGCGUCAAGAAUACUCUUAAAACUGCAUAUGAAUCAUCACCUAGUUGUUAUACACUUGUUGAGAAAUCAGGAGAAUAUAGCUUCAAGAAUGUUCCCACUGGCAAAUACUUGCUGCAAGCCAUCAACGAGAAUUCCAAACUUAAAUUGCACCUUAGUCCCGACUUCAUAGAACUAGAAGUGGCCAGGGAUACACUGCAACUGAAGGAGGAGUUUGGCAUAACUGGUUUUACCAUUUCUGGUCAGGUUUUGAGUGCCCAAAGUGGUGGUAAACCCCUUUCGGGGGCCACUGUUAAGCUAAAUAAUCAGAAAGUUGCUGUAACCGAUAGUCAAGGAGGUUAUACUCUGGAAAAUAUUAAAGCUGGUUCCUAUAACAUUGAAAUCGCCUCGUCACAACUGCAAUUUAACCCAGUUCAAGUGAAGGUUUUGAUUAACACCGAAACGCUGCCCACCAUUGUCCCGCAAGCCUACGAAGUAUGCGGCAAGGUUGUCUCCAGCAAAUCCUAUACAGUGGGACUCACCAAAAGUGGUUCAACUUUCCAUACAACAGCGACUACGAAACCCGAAAGUGGUGGAUCAUGGUGUGCUUUCCUGCCAGCGGGCAAAUAUCAAAUAGAAGUCGUUACUACUGAAGCGGACAAGGCUAGUGGGGUUCAGUUCUUCCCGGUGCAACAACAAACCGAGGUUAAAGAUUCACCAGUGAGUGGCAUUACCUUCUCCCAGCUGCGUGCCAAAAUACGUGGAGAGUUGCAAUGUUUGCCCGAUGCCACGGGCACUUGUACAGCUGCCGAGGUGACACUUCAAGCUUUGGAUGCCACUGGUCAGCCGACAGAAAACAAAUGGAAGGCUAAGGCUCAUCGUGGCAAAUAUGUGUUUAAGGAUGUUUUGCCCGGUCCAUAUGAGCUGACUAUUCCUCAGGGUAAUCUGUGCUAUGAAUCCACACGGGUAUUUAUCAAUGUGGCAGUUGCUGAAGAGGAUGCUCCUCCGUUUGUACACAAGGGAUACGAAGUCUCCAUUAUUUCCAGUCAUCGUGCUUUGAUGAGAUACACCCACGUGACGGGCCCCUCGCAACCAAAGCCAGCAACUGAAACCUUAAAAAUUCUCUCUGGUGUCAACACAUUCUGUGUAUCCAAAUAUGGCAGCUAUGAUUUCAAACUGGAGGGUUGUCAUCUCUAUGAUGAUUCAUUGCCUAGCAAAUUUAUAACACCCGAACCGGAACAAUUGCAAACGCUAAUCAUUAAUGCCAUAGCCCAUAAAACGGGCUUGCGUGUCUUGUCCAGCGAACCCAAUGCGGAUUCAUUGAAACUCGUUGUUGAAUCGGAAUCUUUGGGUAAACAGACUAUUACACCCACUGCAGAGGCCCAUAAAGUUGAUGGCAAGUAUGCCUAUCGUUACGAUGCGUAUCUCAAGCCCGAGGAAGUUCUCGAUGUUACCCCAUUGAGUGAUGUCCUGCUAUUUGCGCCACAACAUCAGCAAAUUGUCGGAGCCAGCGAUUGUGUGGAUAUAGCAUUUAAUUUUGUGGCCAAUCGUGGUUUAAUUUUGCGUGGCAAGGUUGUGCCAGCAAUUAAAGAUGCCAAGAUUACUCUAAGUUUUCCCGAUCAACCCGAACUGGCCAAUUUGGAGGCCCUAACCUCGGUGACGGGUGAAUUCAAAUUUGGACCCAUCGAUGAGAGUUUAGCCUUUGAUUUGCAUGCAGAAAAGGAAUCCUAUGUGUUCAGUGAAUACAAUCGUCAAACGGCAUCGUUUAGUGCCCACAAACUCUGUGAGAUUGUGGUAAAUGUUAAGGAUGAAGCUGGUGAAGCCUUAAGUGGAGUCCUGCUCUCGCUUAGUGGUGGUGAAAGUUAUCGCAAAAAUCUCAUCACUGGCGAUAAUGGAGCCCUCAAUUUCCAUUCACUCUCACCCUCGCAAUAUUAUCUAAGACCCAUGAUGAAAGAAUAUAAAUUUGAUCCGAAUUCCAAAAUGAUUGACAUCAAGGAUGGCGAAACAGUCGAUGUUACCCUGGUUGGCAAACGGUUUGCUUAUUCGGUCUUUGGAACAAUAACUUCUUUGAAUGGCGAUCCCUUCCCUGGCGUGUCUGUUCAGGCCACAGCCGAUGAGGGAUGUCAGCAUCAGCAAGAGGAGGCCAUCAGCGAAAGCAAUGGACAAUAUCGUAUACGUGGACUACAGCCUGGUUGCUCUUACACUGUUCGCGUUGUACCCGAUGACGAGAAUGUUGAACGUUCCAUUCCCGCACAGCAGACGGUGCAAGUGGCUCACGAAGAUGUGCGUGAUAUCAAUCUGAUUGCCAUUAAUCCUGUCAAAAUUGUCGAUGUCACAGCCAGAGUCACAGCUGCCCAAAAUGAUCAGUACAAAACUCUACGAAUUGUCAUGUAUCGCAAGGGAUCCGCCGAUUCGCCUCUUUUCUCACAACGUGUGGGCACACCCAUAAAUCCCAAAUCCAAGAAGAAUCCUGGUAUGAAUGUAUACUUUCCACGCAUACCACUCGAUGGCAAGAGCUAUGUGGUUGAGCUGCAAUCGACACUGUCGGACAAAACCUAUAGCUAUAAAUUGCCUUCGGCCACUUUUACGGCCGACAAAUCUUCAAUAUUCAUUAGCCUGGAAUUUAAACCAGAAGUGCGUACUGCCGAGGCAGAUCUCAAUCAGAAUUCCAUAUCCGCAUUAGUACUCAUUGCUCUGGUGGCCAUAGCAUUCUUUAAACAAGAUUUAGCUGUGAAUUUCAUCACAUUUGUGUGGUCCAAAAUCAAUGAUCUUGUUUCGGAUCUUGCCCAGCGACAGAAGAACAAAACGCCAGUCCGGAAAAAUGAGCCAAUCAAUCAGCGUGAAAUCGAACAAAUGGCCGAACAGAUAAAUGCCAUUAAAAAGAAAAAGGCCAAGAAAAUUUAAGACAGGACCACCGAUAGAAAGACAGAGAGAGAGAGAGAGAGAGAGAGAGAUGGUUAACCUAUUUACACUAACACUAUGAACUGAAAUGUAUAUAUUUAUACAAGUUUUUUGUCCAAUUAUCUUUUCAAUCAACUCCACAUACACACCACACACACACACACACACACAUUUAUACAUACAUUAAUUGCUUUGUAGUAUUUUGAUGACAUUCAAAGAGAUUUUUCUAGUCUUGUACGACCAAUCAGCGCAUAAGUUAACAUAUACAUAUUUAAAUCAAAGAGAAUGUUUGUUAAAAAAGAAAAAGUUUUCCCCAUAGACUAUCCAGUUAAAACAUUUAAUAUACUAUUUAGUAAGAAACGAGAAAAAAAAACUUAAAUAGUAAUUUUAAAAACAUGAAUUUACAUAUAGUAUAUGCAUAUAUAUACAUAUACUAAAAGCCAUUUUAAAAUGUCUCUGCAUUGAUCCUUUGUUAAAGGAUUUUAAUUAAAUUUCAAUUUCCUUCUCAUGUUCUAGUGUAAAUAGGGCCUUAGUCAGGCUUUAGCCGUUUAGAGAUAUCAGGUAUUCGGUUUUUGUUUAGGACAUUUUUUAAAACAAAUUUUUGUGGAGUUUUGCUUUUGUUAUUAUUUUCCUUUUUUCUUUUAUUUUAAAUUUGAGGCAAGUUUAUUUUGUGUGAGAGUUCCUUUCACUUUCUUAUUAGCUAAAAAUAAAUAAAUACAAUAAAUAGUUUAAAAACGAAAA